AUGGGACAGGUCGGUCAAUCAUCAAGAGCUUCAAUGCUAUGUAUUCCUCUUGUAUUCCUGGAUAAGAAAGAUGCUGGAAACAAUGGUGAGAUAAUGAGAUUGGGGUUUUGGAGGAACUUUGAUCAUGCAAAUAAUUUGGGAGAAGGGGGUUUUGGACCCGUUUACAAGGGUGUUUUACCAGAUGGUUCUCUGAUUUCUGUGAAGCAACUUUCUUCGAAGUCUGGACAAGGGAAUCGUGAAUUUGUGAAUGAGAUAGGAAUAGUAUCUGCUCUACAUCAUCCCAAUCUUGUCAAGCUUUAUGGCUGUUGCAUUGAGGGAAACCAGUUAUUGCUUAUCUAUAUAUUCAUGGAAAACAACAGCCUUGCAAAUGCUCUGCAUGGUCCUGAAAAGAACAAACUAAAAUUGAAUUGGUUAAUAAGGCUUAGAAUUUGUCUCGGCAUAGCUCAAGGCUUGGCAUAUCUCCAUGAGGACAAGUUGAGAAUUGUUCAUAGAGACAUCAACGCAACUAAUGUGCUGCUUGAUAAAGAUCUCAAUGCAAAAUUAUCUGACUUUGGCCUGGCUAGACUUUUUGAUGAAGAUGUAACCCACAUAAGAACUCAGAUUGCUAGAACUAUAGGAUAUAUGGCCCCUGAAUAUGCAAUGAGAGGUUACUUGACGGACAAAGCGGAUGUUUACAGCUUCGGAGUGGUCAUGUUAGAGACUGUCAGUGGGUUGUGCAACAUUAGCUACAGGCCAAAGGAAGACUGUGUGCAUUUUCUUGAUUGGGCUUAUAUUCUACAAGAGCAGGGGAGGUUAGUUGAACUUGUUGACAAGAGUCUAGGCCAAAACUACUCGAAGGAAGAGGUAGUGAUGCUGUUGAAUUUAGCUCUCACAUGCACCAAUUAUUCUCCAUCUCUCAAGCCUACAAUACCGGCCGUAGUGAACAUCAUUGAAGGCAAGAAGCUAGUGUUCUCAGCACUUGGGUUGUGA